GUCUACCUCUUUCUACGGCCGAACUUCUUCGUGUUCUGCUCUGCUUUGUUCAUUGUUGAGCUUGCUGACUCUUCCUCUGGACGCCAAAUUUUCUGUUUACUCUUUUCACACUUUGUUCGCUGCUCUUUCCAAAUGGCUUCAUUCGAGGAUUACGAUGAGUUUGGGAACUAUAUCGGUGCAGACUUGGACUCUGAUGACGAGGAAGAGGAGGUUCAACAAACACCUUUCCAAUCGGCUUCGGCACCACAGCCUCUUGCUGGAUUUGACGACCCUAUGGACGAAGAGCCGUCUGGAGCAUUGAUGGAAGUUGACGAGCCAAUUCACAACGCGGUCGUGCUACAUGAGGACAAGCAAUACUAUCCGUCGGCACAAGACACGUAUGGCGCAGAUGUUGAAACAAUGGUUCAGGAAGAAGAUGCUCAGCCAUUAACUGAACCUAUCAUCGCGCCGAUAAAGAGUCGAAAAUGGACCGUAGAGGAGAAGGACAUGCCAGAAACUCGCUUUGAUAAAGGGUUCCUUCUGAAUUUGAUGGCCUACCCUGAGAUGACCCGGAAUGUGGCGGUUGUUGGACACUUACACCACGGCAAGACAGCUCUCCUGGACAUGCUAGUCUUCGAGACGCAUAAACUUGUAUGGGACUCAGACAAGCCGACCCGUUAUACGGACACCCACAUUCUGUCGCGAGAGCGCGAAAUAUCCAUAAAGUCAUCCCCCAUGUCCCUUGUGCUUCAAACUACCGGUGGCAAGUCCCACCUCGUUCAUCUUAUCGACACUCCCGGACACGUAAACUUCGUCGACGAAGUGGCCUCGGCAAUGCGUCUCGCAGACGGUAUCAUCCUCGUAGUAGAUGUCGUUGAAGGGAUGAUGGUAAAUACAGAGGCAAUUAUCCGACAUGCAUUGCAGGAGAACAUCAAAAUCACACUAGUGGUGAACAAAAUAGAUCGACUGAUUCUUGAGCUUCGCAUCAAACCUGCCGACGCGUACUAUAAGAUUAAGCAUACUAUCGAGGAAGUGAACACCUUCAUCAGUGGCAUUGACCCAGAUCCAGAACUCCGUCUGAGCCCAGAGAACGGCAAUGUCGCGUUUGCCAGCACUGACAUGGGCUGGUGCUUUACUCUCUAUUCUUUUGCCCAGAUGUACGCCGAGACUUACGGACCACUUGACGUGAAAUCUUUCGCUGACCGUAUCUGGGGCGACAUAUACUUCAACACGGAAACGCGCAAGUUUACGCGGAAGGCUUCCGACCCCGAAUCCAGGCGCACCUUCGUGGAAUUCGUCCUAGAUCCUCUGUACAAGCUGUACAGUCAGGUUUUGAGCGAAGAAACCGAUUCAUUAAAGGAGACCCUACACGGACUGAACAUCCAUAUCAAGCCCAUCAUGUACAAGAUGGACGUUCGGCCGCUACUGAAGGCGGUACUGGAUCAAUUCUUUGGGCCUUCGACCGGUUUGGUAGACAUGAUUGUGGAACACAUCCCCAAUCCCAUCCAGGGUGGCGAAACGAAGGUCGAAAGAACGUAUACUGGGCCACAAAGCUCAGAUCUCGUAACUUCCAUGAAAAAUUGCGACCCCAACGGCCCAGUUAUGGUUCAUGUCACGAAGCUGUACCACACGACCGACGCCCAGUCGUUCAGGGCAUAUGGACGCGUUUUCAGCGGUACACUCAAGAAGGGCAUGGAGAUCAAGGUUCUCGGAGAAGGAUAUUCGCCUGAGGAUGAGGAAGAUAUGAUGAAGGUCGAAGUCGAGGAUAUCUGGCUCGGCGAGUCACGAUACUUCAUCCCCGUCGACGAAGCUCCAGCAGGAAACUUGGUUCUAUUGGGUGGCAUCGACGCCUCUAUCAUGAAGACCGCCACUCUCGCCUCAGCUGAUAUCGAGGAGGACCUCUAUAUUUUCCGCCCUAUCAAGCAUAUGACUCAAUCCGUUCUCAAGGUUGCGAUUGAACCGAUCCAGCCCUCAGAACUGCCGAAGAUGUUGUCUGGUCUGCGGAGCAUCAACAAAUCUUACCCGCUGGUGUCGACGAAAGUAGAGGAGAGUGGCGAGCAUGUCGUGAUUGGCACUGGGGAACUUUUCCUCGACUGUGUUAUGCACGAUCUGAGGAGAUUGUUCUCUGAGAUCGAAAUCAAGAUAUCGGAUCCAGUAACGAAGUUCAGUGAGACGGUACUCGAGACGAGCGCGUUGAAGUGCUAUGCCGACACGCCGAACAAGAAGAACCGUCUGACAAUGAUUGCCGAACCACUUGAGCGCGGUAUUGCUGAAGACAUCGAGACUGGCAGGGUCAACAUGCGCAUGUCAGCUAAGGAGAGGGGCAAGUUCUUCGAGGAGAAGUAUCAGUGGGAUCUCCUUGCUUCGAGGUCAAUAUGGGCAUUUGGACCGGACGAGGGUGGGCCGAAUGCCCUUCUUGAUGACACGCUGCCCUCACAGAUCGACAAGAAGUUGCUCGGGUCCGUGAAGGAGCACAUCAAACAAGGCUUCCAGUGGGGUGCACGAGAAGGUCCCUUGUGUGAUGAACCUAUGCGAAACGUGAAAUUCCGGAUAUUGGACGCUAGCUUAGCACAGGAGCCCAUAUUCCGUGGAGGUGGUCAGAUAGUCCCGACCGCAAGACGAGUCUGCUACUCUUCCUUCCUGAUGGCGACACCAAGGUUGAUGGAACCAAUCUACUACGUCGAGGUUCAGGCCCCUGCGGAUUGUAUAUCUGCUGUUUACACCGUACUCGCACGGCGACGUGGGCACGUCACACAGGAUAUUCCCAAAGCCGGCUCACCACUGUACACCGUCAAGGCGCUUAUUCCUGUAAUCGACGCCAACGGAUUCGAGACCGACUUGCGGACAGCAACGCAAGGGCAAGCGUUCUGCCUCCAGGUCUUCGACCAUUGGUCAAUUGUGCCCGGUGACCCAACCGACACGAGCAUCAAGCUUCGUCCUCUGGAACCUGCGUCCGGUCAGGCCUUGGCGCGUGACCUGGUGCUGAAAACCCGCCGAAGAAAGGGUCUCGGAGACCAGAUCGCGGUGUCAAAAUAUCUGGACGACGAGUUUGUGUUGGCUCUCUCGGCGUCAGGACAUUCGGAUCUGCUGGGUUAGGAUGUGUUUUAGUUUCUUCUGUAUUUACUGUAGCGAGUAGUCAAAUAUUGAGCCCGUGCCUCAGCAUGGCUGCUUUUUCUC